GAUUCAACUUCUUUCAUGGUUCUUACUGGUUUCAUGAAAACUGCAACUUUUUGGUGGGGCUGAAAAUUUAAAGAUUUAGGCGUUUCUUUUUUCUUUCUGGAAUGAAGAAACGAUGAGGUGUGAAGAAGAGAAAUGGAUGUUAGAUCUGAGAAUAGUGGUGGUCAGGUGGUUCGGUGGGCUAAGAUUCAAGGUCAAGUGAUUCAAAGAACUAGGUUACAUGUGUGGUUCAUUAGGGUUUGUUCCAGCAUUGUGGUUUGGACUUGCUUGGUUCAGAUUCUAGCUGUUGGUGAGCUCUGGCAACCGAAAUUGUUAACCAGUUUCUCGAACCGGAUGAAUGAUCCAGGAAGACUGUCUAUUCAAGUUGAAAAGACCAUUUCAUCCCUGCCACCAUUGCCUCCUUCAAGGAAUUACACGAGUAAUGGUUUCCUUAGAGUUUCUUGUAACGGGGGUUUAAAUCAAAUGAGAGCUGCGAUUUGUGAUAUGGUGACGGUUGCCUGUCUUUUAAAUCUUACAUUGGUUGUUCCAGAACUCGAUAAAACGUCUUUCUGGGCUGAUCCUAGUGAUUUUGAGGACAUUUUUGACGUUGGACACUUCAUUAACUCGCUAAGAAAUGAAAUCCGGAUCGUUAAAAGAUUGCCAAAGAGAUUUAACAGGAAAUAUGGAUUUCAGCCACUUAUUAUGCCGCCCGUUAGCUGGUCAAGCAAAAAAUAUUACCUUGAACAGAUUCUACCACUUUUUAGCAAGCAUAAGGUGAUACGCUUCAAUCGAACGGACACUCGAUUAGCAAACAACGGGAUACCUCUUGAUCUUCAAAGACUCAGGUGUCGUGUCAAUUUCCAAGCAUUAAAAUUCACACCUCGGAUAGAAGCUCUCGGUGAUAAAUUGGUUCACAUUCUCCGGGAAAAAGGACCAUUUGUAGCGUUGCACCUUAGAUACGAGAUGGACAUGUUGGCGUUUUCGGGUUGUACACAUGGUUGCACCCAUGAGGAAGCCGAGGAACUCAAACAUAUGAGGUACGCGUUCCCAUGGUGGAGGGAGAAAGAGAUCGUGUCGGAAGAGAGGAGAUCGCAAGGUUUGUGUCCUCUUACACCCGAGGAGGUGGCAUUGGUUCUACGAGCAAUGGAUUUCGACAAAAACACACAAAUAUAUAUUGCAUCGGGUGAAAUUUAUGGCGGUCAGAAGAGACUUGCAACGCUACGAACUACAUUUCCCCAAAUAGUGAAGAAAGAAACGUUAUUAGAUCCAGAAGAGUUGAAACAGUUUCAGAAUCAUUCGUCACAAAUGGCAGCUCUAGAUUUCAUAGUGUCGGUUGCUAGUAACAUCUUCGUUCCUUCUUACGAUGGUAACAUGGCAAAGCUCGUCGAAGGUCACCGAAGGUACCUUGGUUUCAAGGAAACUAUACGACUAGAUCGAAAACGGGUUGUAGAGUUGAUAGAUUUGCACCAUAAUGGGACGCUCUCGUGGACCGAGUUCUCGGGCGCCAUAAAAAUGGCGCACGAGAGAAGAAGGGGCCAACCAGAUGAUCGUAGAAUUAUUAACGAGAAGCCGAAGGAGGAAGACUACUUUUAUGCCAACCCUCAAGAAUGCUUAUGCAAUGCAACAAGUUGUGGUAACGACAUCUAGGAAGGUGUUCGUUCGGCCAUGAGAUUUACGUCAAUCGGUUUUUAUUGAUAAUUGACGAUUUUUCCGGUGCAAAAGGACGCACAACGCUUGUCUUCCGCGAAUGUGUACAUUUGGAGUGUGGAUUGUGGUUAAAAGCGCGGUUCAUGACUUACUCGGCACGAAAAGGCCCGGGUCAUACAUGUCGAACCCUAAAAGCCUCGUUUUCCGAGACCCGGGUGCUAAUGGGUAUUUUGGUCAUUUUGAUGAAAUUUGAUUAUAAUGUGGGUAAAAUUUCCUACAUUUAGUAGGAUAACUCUUUGUACCAUCGCUUGCUAGGGAAAAUAUAGUACAAAUUAGGGGUAUAUCGAAGUAAACCUUUUUAGAAUUGGAAGAUUGUACU